AUGGCGUCGUCGCGCGACGAGGCAUGGCAUGGCGACAUGUCGAUGCUCUCUCUGGGCGAAGAGGACGGCGAGAUGGUCACAGUGGCACCUGUCCCCUCUGCGUCGCUGGCCUCCAUGCAGUGCUGGCUGCUCUCUGUGGCCUGUGUCAAUUUCGACUUGGAGCUCGGGCCGGAUGUCGAGUUCAUGUACCCGCCGCUGGAGAUCAGCAAGGAAGAGAAGGACAACAUUGCGUUCUCCUCGUUCCCUGAUACCACCGUGUUUAGUGAUGGCAGUCUCGUGUUUUCAUGGCGCAUCCGCGAAGUCCCUUUAGAUGCCUCUGCGGCCUCCGUACCGCACAUUCCAGAUGUGACGCAGGAGCCACGAACGCCGCUGAUGCGCCGCGCCAGUCGCCGUGUAUCGCGGACCAUGUCGUGGCGCAAACCAAAAGGCGCGUCUGCGCCUACCCUCUCACGCACGUCGUCGACAGCAAGCACAGCGCCGACGUCGACGAGUCGAAGCACCUCGUACUUGUAUGGCUACACGUACUUUCGGCAACGCAAAGAUCCGACGCUGCCGCGUGGAUACUUCCAGAAAUCGCUCGUGAUCCUUACGCACUUGCCACAUGUGGGUCUGUUCACCGAGCUCAUUGCGCGUGUCGGGCCUCAGUUCUUCGAGCAUGGCAUCACCGUGCUGGAAUCGUUCCUCCGUGACGUGGCUGCGUGGCCUGUGCCUGACGCUGGCCUCACAUUGGCACUGCCCGUGCUGGGCUCCAUGUUGCAUGUAUCGCUCCCACACGGCAAUGAGGCGCAGAAUGGCGAUGGGAUGCGCCCUGGCUUGCAAGCCUCGCAGCCGGUCCUCGGGUCGGUGCCACACACGUCUCUCUUGGACGUGUUCUACGAAAUGAUGCCGGACUUAUGGCGUAUGUGGGAAUGUACGCUUCUCGCAGAGCCGAUCCUGGUGAUGGGCCACGAUCCACGCUCGGCCAGUGAAGCAGUAUGGCACUUGGUCGAUCUCAUCCGGCCUGUUCCCUGUGCGGGCGAAUUUCGGCCGUACUUUCACAUUCACGACUACGACUUUCGUGCGUUGGUCCACCGGCCUACGCCGCCCACAGGCGCGCUGCUCGGCGCGACGAACCCGUUCUUUGUCCAGACAUGCGCACACUGGCCGCAUCGCAUCCAACUGGGACGUCGGCAUCGCAGCGUUCAUGGCCGCGGGUCCGCGCCGCCGCCCGAGCCUGGGUUCUUCUCAAGCAGCAAGCGGCGUGUAAGCAAAGAUCGCGCGCUACUGAAGCAGUGGAUGGCCUGGCGCGACGAUCCGACGCAGCACGCUCGUGCGACGACGGCUGUACGUCGCUACUUUUCCGACCUGACAGAACGCUUCCUUGCGCCGCUGCAUCAGUACAUGGCGACACUCAUUCCUGCGUCGUUUGACUUGUCGUCGCCGGCGGAGGCGCCACGUAUCAAGCCGUUCCAUGCCGAGUCGUUCUUGCAGUGGCUCAAGCAGCAUCCCGGCCCCCUCAAAAUGCGCCAGCGCUCGCUCUCGCCAGCCCAAGUGUUGCGGCAUAGCCUGUACGCGGACUUUUUACAAAGCCCUAACUUCGCCUUGUGGCUGCACCAUCGCGUCGCGGCCGCCCAGGCAGAGCAGUACCAACGCCGCAUCGCCGCGCUGGCCGCUGGCGACGUGGUCACGUUUGGCCGUACACGCACGGAAGUGGAAUCCAUUGACCUGUUCUUGCGUCUGCGGGAGGAACUGCGUGUGAUAGAUGCUACCUUGGAGGCGCCGCCUGUACGUGGGCCGCAUGCGCGCUGGCGCUCUGCCCCGGACAACGAUGCGACGCCUACCUCCCUUCCUAUGGAACGCCUUCCGUCGUCGGAUCGUGCGCUGCGUACGCAGCGAGAACGCCUUGCGGCGCAGAUGCAGCGGCUGCUCGAGACGAUGCCGGACGAUUUGCGGUUGGGCCUGGAGAAGCAAGCAUGA